AUGGCUGAUUACGAGCGUCGGAAUCACGGCCCUAAGGGAGGUGGGCGCAAACGGCGUUAUAGAGAUGACGAUGACUACGACCGUCGCCAGCGACGCAGGUACGAAGAACCUUUAGUUGUCAAAGUCCGACGGCAACUUCUCACAAUUGCUGAAUCGGCUGCAAGAAGAGCGGAGGACGAUGCACUGAGUAUCGCGAAGAACGUGGCCGAGCACUACGAGGACGAGGAGCUAAGGGAUAACUUCAUUGAGAUCGCGCUCGACCUUAUCCUGGAACAGCCGAUGAAAAUACCCUUUAUUGCAACAACAGUCCUCGUUGCUAACACAAUCAAGUCGGAGCUCGCCGCCGAUGUUGUGAAGCGCGCAGUUGGUCGCUUCCAAUACAAUGUCGAUGCCGGUGCUUGGCGUGAAGUCAAGCUUCUCCUACGCUUCCUAGGAUGCUUACAGUGUAUCUUCCAAGGUGAUGGCGUUUUCGCGAUCUUGGAGGAGCUAUUCUCUCGUGCUGUGGAUCUCCAAACAGCCUCCUCUGAAGAUUUGAUCGGAUUGGAGCUCGUGAAGAUUAUCUUAUACACCAUUCCGUACGUCAUGGCUUCCCCGGCCAGCGGUUUUGAAGGCCAGGCGCUCAGUCUACUGGAAAAAACCGAUAUAAUCGCAUCCACGCCACAUACGCUCGUGGACUUGGUGAAUCCUUUUGGACCUGAUAGUCAGAAAUCGGCCACUGUGCCGAGCGUUAUCAGUCUACUCCAAAGCCAGCUACAAGCAGAGUCAAGUCGGAACUGGGAACUGGCGUGUCUUCCACGGCCGUGGAGAAAUGUCAGGGAAAAUGAUGAGGAACCGAGGCGUCUUGAAGAAGGACCCAAGCAUCCGUUACCUGAGAUCACAAUACCGAAUCCGGUACAAAAUGGAUCGAGGGCAAUCUUCCCAGAGGUGUAUUUGUCCGUUUAUGGAGAUCAAGAUGUCGAGACAGUCCCAUCAACAUCAAAUAUUGCCUCAUCUUUGCUCAGGGACGCCCUUGUUGACACCAUUAACAUUCUGGACUUUAACCGUAUUGCGACGGCAAAGUUCUUGAUUGAUCUCGACUGCUAUUUUACACCCAGCAUAUUUGUGAAGCGUGCGACACCAUUCGAUAGAUUGCGCGACCUCCCCGAGGACCGCCCAACGUGGAAACCGGAGGAUGUGGCCGUUGAUGCCGUCUUUUCCCAGUUGUUCCAACUACCUUCACCAGAACACAAACUUGUUUAUUAUCAUGCUGUGCUCACGGAGUGCUGCAAGAUCGCACCGGCAGCAAUCGCGCCAAGUUUGGGACGUGCCAUCCGCUUUCUCUACCGCAGUCUCGAUGUGAUUGACUUGGACCUAAGUCACCGUUUCCUGGAUUGGUUCGCGCAUCACUUGAGCAAUUUCGGGUUUACCUGGAAGUGGAGUGAAUGGAUCGAAGACCUGGAGCUUCCCGUUGUACAUCCAAGGAUGGCUUUCAUCACUGGCGCGCUAGACAAAGAGAUACGGCUGAGUUUUGCGCAGCGCAUAAGGGGAACCCUUCCGGAUCCGUAUCAAGACCUCAUCUCUGAAGGGAAAGAAAAGGACACCCCUGACUUCAAAUAUGCGUCUGACACAACUCCCUAUGCAAAGGAAGGAAGAGAAAUCAUGCAGCUCAUUCGCAGAAAGGCCGCCGAUGAUGAGAUUCAACCUCAUAUCAAUGCGAUUGAGGAGCAAGCAGCAGGAAUGGGAGUUGAGAGUCCCCUGCUACCUUCAACUGAUGCUUUUGUCACCUCGAUCUGCUUUGUAGGCUCAAAAUCCCUCUCUCACGUUCUGUCCUGCAUCGAGCGGAACAAGGAACGUCUCUUAGCCAUUGGGCCCAAAUCACCUGCUGCGCGCCGUCAGAUCCUCACCUCAGUCAUGGAUUACUGGGUCGACCAACCGGGCAUCGGUAUAAACAUCAUCGACAAGCUGCUAAACUACACAAUUAUAACACCCCUCUCGGUCAUCGAAUGGGCCCUAAUUGACCAGCUGGACGCGGGAUCAAUCCUCGCGAAGACUCACAUCUUCGAGAUGAUCUCCGCCACUGUCGGUAAAGUCACCAACCGCCUCCGCCAGAUCGUCGCGGCACGCACCCAGCAAGGCCUCUACGAACCCCAGCUAAGCGUGCUUGAUGAAACACUUACCCGCGAAAAGAAAGAUAUGCAUGCGCUUUUCCAGGUCAUUGAGGACUCCGUCGUCUCCGUCGCUGGAGGUAGCAACGACCAGCUUAUGGAACGUGGCGAUGGCAGCGGUGAUUUGCCCGAGGAUGAAAUCAUUCGUCAGUGGGGUCGGCGCUGGCUUCGCGUGUUCCGUCGCAAGGCCGGCGUUGAGGAAGCCUUCAUCACUGAUGCCAUGGCCAACGCAACGCCUCUUGGGACAAAUGCUCCCACCCCUCCUCCAGCUGCUGCUGAGGAGAGCAGCCCUGCGGAUGUAGCUGGCGAUGGAGAUCUGGAUAUUACAGAUGCCGGCGCGGACGGGGCAGCUGAUUAA